UGUCCUCGUUAAGCAAUUAAAAAUUACUAGAAAAGAAUCAAAAGCUCUUAUGUACGCCGCAGUCAUGCAACUUUGGUGAACAAGGUGCGGCUUUGACAGCAAAACAAAAGGGGGAAUGAGAAAGGAUCAACAGAGAAAGCAGCUCUCCCAUCAAUGGUACAUGUCCUCCCGACCGAGAAACGUCUUAUGUUCAAGGUAUCUUUUGACCCGGGUUCGCCCUGACUCGACAGCCGCCUACGGAAUCGUAAGGCUCGGCGACUGGGUCCGAAGGAUCAAAGCAAGGAGGUCGUCGACCGGUGAGGGUAGGUAUUGUCGCCGAAAAUGCCCUUUACAGGAGGGCAGCGAUAGCAGCACCGGCCACAACACCGAGACCCAUGGGGGCCAUGGUGGCGAGAGGAACACCAGCACCCUCCGAGCUGCUACUGCUCGUGGAGGAGCCGCUGGUCUCGGAGGAGGAAGAGGAAGUCUUGGUGGAGGUGGUAGACUCAGUCUUCGCGGUGGUGGUCUUGGUCUUUACAGUCGAGAAGGACGAAGCAGGAGCGCUGGAGCCGAUGACUGCGCUAGAAGCACCAGCAGGAAGAGAGCCUUGCGAGGUGGGGAUAACAGGCUGAGAGGUCACAGCAGCGGAGGGAGCCUAGCACCAUGUCAGCAAUGGCGUUGGCUUGUUAGAGUGAUAGAGGUUUGCUUACCACAACAGCCGAGGACUGCGCAGCGGCGAGAGCGCCGAAAGCAAGCAGGAAGAUAGAGGAACGCAUUGUGAUCGUAGGUGGAUUAGAUCUGGUGGAGCGAUUGUGGAGGCGAGCGCGGAGUAUGGAGAUGCGGCCGAGAGUC